UCUCUAUGGUGACCGACUGACGUUGAGUCUGAGAGGAGACUAGUGCAGUGUACAGUAGUUAAGUUAGUUAGUUAGUUAGUGAGUGAUUACUCAUCAUGGCAAAAAGUGACGGUGGCUCGUAUUUCAGGAGAACCAGUCUGUUCUGGAUGGUGGUCGUGACGGUUUCUUUGAGUUUUUACACGUGGACGGUGUUUUGGCCUCGGGAUGUCCCGUAUGGCCUUCUGGGUCCUCUGGGCGCUCUGGCCAAGCAUUUCGUGGACUAUCAUUAUCCUGUGGUGUAUUAUGGAUGGUUUCUGACGUGGGUCAUCCAUCUGUUUGAGGCUCUUUUUGCACUGAAGGUCUGCAGUGAUAAAGGCAUCGACAGCACGUCCACACGCUUGCUGUGGAUCGCUCAGACGUUCCUGUUUGGUCUCACGUCUCUGUGUCUUCUGAUCAAAUACAAGCCCGACGGCCGACCCAAACGCCAGUGACCGAAACCAGAGCUCGUUUCCCAGCAGCACACUGUUCUUUAUAUUCCAGAGGAUUUAUCAACCAGCAGGUUAUAUCUGAACAGUCACAUCCACCUCACUGAUUCUGGAACAGCCUUUCGCUAAAGGCUAAGUGUCACAUCGAGGUCUUGUUUACAUGAUCCUGGUUCAGUACUGAAGCUCUAUCAGCAGCAUUAGUCACAUAAUGUCUGUCAGCACAGAAAAUCACUUCAGCUCGCUCCUCAGUGCAGGUACAGUGCAAAACAAGAUCAAAUUACACACUGUUAUUAAGAUUCAGAGAGCCCUCCAUAUAAGCUAUAAUAAUUAUUCCUGCACACUGGGGAAAAAAUGGUGUAGGAUUUGCUUUUAAACAAUUUUCACUCAGAAAU